ACAUUGACACUUUGAGCGUCGGCACAGCAUAAGAACAUAAAACGAAACGAACAAGGUGCUUUGGUAGUGCCUGUUUUUAUAUUUAAUUUAAUUUUAUUCUGUUGAUAUUACUGCUAAAAGAAAAACAAGAAACUAUGGCUCGUGAUCGUGGUAAAAAACAAAAUCCCUUUGCUGCCAAAAAACGGAAUAAGAGACUAUUGGCCGAUAAACCUGACCGCCGCUCAGAGCCCUACAAAGAAAUUGUUCGGGAAAAUGAUGCUUUUGUGAAGUAUUACAAGGCACAAAAAAUAUGCAAAGACGAAGUCGAAUGGGCAAAGUUCCUCGCUGCCAUCAAAGACAAUCUGCCAACUACAUUUCGGGUUACUGGAUUCAAAGAUGAGGCUAAAGCUCUCCUACAACUUAUCAAAACUAAGCUCUUUGAGUCCUACGUUAAUGGAGUAUCCGAAUUACAUCAGAUUCCGAAAGAAAAAGUCGAACGUCCUCUCUGCUUGCCAUGGUAUCCCGAAGGACUUGCCUGGCAAUUGCAUCUCACCCGAAAAGACAUCCGUCGUUCAGAGCCAUUGUUCAAAUUGCAUAAUUUUUUAAUUGUAGAGACAAGUGCCGGAAGUAUAAGUCGUCAAGAAGCUGUCUCCAUGAUUCCCCCUCUAGUACUUGAUGUUAAACCAACUGAUAAAGUUCUGGAUAUGUGCGCGGCGCCAGGUUCUAAAACUGCCCAACUUAUUGAAGCCUUGCAUGCUGAAUCAGACAAUAAGAUCCCAACCGGAUUUGUUGUUGCCAAUGAUGUUGAUAACAAUCGAUGCUACAUGUUGGUACAUCAGGCGAAGAGGUUGAAUUCUCCUUGUUUUGUGGUUACCAACCAUGACAGUAGUCAUUUUCCUAAUCUGUUGCAAACAAAGUCAGAUGGCAGCAAGUCGGUGCUGAAAUUCGACAAAAUACUCUGUGAUGUUCCUUGCUCUGGCGAUGGAACUUUGCGGAAAAAUCCUGACAUUUGGACCAAAUGGAACUCAGCACAGGGAACUAACUUGCAUGGUAUUCAAUAUCGUAUCACUCGUCGUGGAGCUGAAAUGUUAGAAGUUGGAGGUCGCUUGGUCUACUCCACUUGUUCAAUGAAUCCUAUUGAAAAUGAAGCUGUCUUACAACGUAUUAUUCAAGAUUCGGAUGGAGCUUUAGAAAUUGUAGACGGUUCCCAUUUGGUACCGGGACUUAAAUUCAACCCAGGAAUGACCGAUUGGGUUUUGGCAUCAAAGGAUUUGGAAAUUUUUACUAGUUUCGAUCAAGUUCCAGAGAAAUAUCACACUGUAAUAAGACCCAAUAUGUUUCCACUACCACCUGGGGAAAUUGAGAAAAUUGGAUUGGACAAAUGUAUGCGCAUUCUUCCACACUUGCAAGAAACAGGUGCUUUCUUUGUAGCAGUUAUUGAAAAGAAAAAGAAACUUCCCUUCGAAAAAAAUGAUGCAGAAGCAUUGGAGAAGCCUGUGGAAAAAGAAGCAGCACCAACUGACGGCACCCCAGUUGAAGAACCUAAAUCAGCACCUUGGGGACCUCAACGUAAAAGACGUCGUUUACAAGGCUACAAGGAAGAUCCUUACGUGUUUUUCAAAGACGAUGAAAAUGUGUACAAUGAAAUCAAGAGUUUUUACGAAUUGAAUGACGCAUUUGACAGGCGCAGCCUUUUGACAAGAUGUAAUAAUGAAAAAAAGAAAAAUAUUUACUAUUGUUCCGAACCGAUACGUGAUUUGGUGCUAUUGAAUGAGGAUUCUGUUAAGAUAAUUAAUACUGGAGUGAAAACAUUUGUUCGUUGUGAAAACCGUUACUCGAGCAACUCGUAUCGUUUGGCUCAGGAGGGUUUACAGACAUCGAAUGCAUUUAUCGGUGAAAGUCGUCGAAUCGAAGUUAGCAAAGACGAUUUUAUACUAUUAUUGCAAUGCACAGAUCCAACGAAACCACCGUCAACGACUGAAUUGAGUGAGGAUACACAGAAGAGGGCAAAAGAAUUAGGUGUUGGCUCUUGUAUUCUUAAGUAUGUAGAUGAGCGAUUUACACUUUAUGUUGUUGGAUGGAGAGGCUCGUCUAGUCUACGUGCGUAUGUUGAUGUCAAUGAAACUGUUCAUAUAUUGCGCCUAUUAGGAGCUGAUUUAUCCAAAUUUGAAAAAAAUAAAUUCAAAAAAGUCGACGACAAUGCUGUUACCGAGCAGAAAGGUGAAGAGGGCAAUGCUGAUAUGACUGCCGACGAAGUUGGAGUUGAAGCAGAAGAGGUUGCGGAAUUGGAAAUAAAAGAAGAAUGAUGAACACAAUAAAACAUGGUUUUAUUUGAAACGUUAAUAUGAUUGUUCACAUCAUAGAGCAUUUUUUUUUUAAAUUAAAUGAAAUAUUUUAUAUUCUAAAUGUAUUUUCGUUGCUGUAAAAUAAAAUAUUUAUAAUUUUUCUUUUUUGACAUAAAAUAAAAAAAAAUGCAUUUUCAAAAGCAUGGAUUAUUUCUUCUUCGAUACAAAUAA